AUAGCAAUGGAUAGGAAGUUUAUUAGAUGGAUUAUAUGCUUUGUUCUGAUCUCCUUGGCGAAAGCACUGGAGGAGGAGAUCGACGGAGGACUACUGAACAUCACCAGCAAUCCCUCGGAUGAUAAAACCGUUCCAAAAUUACCCAGUGAAGUCCAAAAGGCUGUUUGCACAGUGACCGCUGGGGAGGUAAAGGCAUCUGCCGAGGCUGUCACCACGAAAACCCUGAAAGGAGUCUGCGGAUCGGAAGAAAUGAACAUGGCCUUUCGGAGUCUGGAGAACAAACUUUACGAAGAACUGCGCGUCAUGAAACUGAUUUUGGUGCACUUGGCCAAGGCAAAUGGUCUAAAAGUGAAUACCGGGAUUACCACUCCUUUGGCGACUCCACAACCAACCGCGAAACCUAUUAAUAUUGCUCCGCUGCCGCUGUUUAAGCCAAUAGAUCCUGCUAAAACGAUAGCCGAUUCAAGUAGUUUCAAAGCGGAGGAGAACGAAGUUGCACCAGAUUUUGGUGCUAAAAAGACACCCACUCUUAAAAACCUAGAGACAAAGGGUAACUCAGAUUUGGGGCCUCGAGAUAACGAAGUUGACAAGUUCAAUAACACGGUGCUGGCCGAUCAGGAUGUAGAGCUAUUCACUUACUACUGGAAAUUAGAGAACGUUACGGAACUUAUAAAAGCCCCUCAGUUGGCCACCGUCAGCAGUCCCAUUUUCAGCUUUAAAGGCAAAUCUUUGCAACUCAAAUGCACCUUCCAUCAUAUGAACCGCGAGCUGCUGAACCUGCAACUGGGAUACGGCAUCUUUAACCCUUCAUCAAAACCUGGCCAAAGCGACAACGUUGUGAUUGAAAUGGGCGGCAUCUUUCAGAAUACCAAGUGGACCGAGGAUGUGCCGCUGAAGCAUAAAAUCUCCAUACUGGAUCAGAGCCACCGGAUGACGCAGGACCUCAGUUCACAGGCGCUGAACAAGCUCGACAUGGGCUUCUCCAUACCGAACAGUGUGCUUCUGGGCAGUCCGUACAUUAAGCAGAAUUCGCUUCUUAUUCAGAUUCUUUUAUAUUUGUGA